GGGCUGCCCAGUGGGGCACAGCUGGCGCGAGUAACCUGGCCGGGAGAGACUCGCCUCAAGAAGGAAGAACCCCCCCCCAUCGACCUCCUACUAGGCCCCAAAGACUCCCACACAGCUCCUGAGCUGGUGCUGGGCAGGUGAUCUUGCCUGCAGUGCCCAGCAUGUGGACAGGCCUGGGCCCCGUCAUCACAUUGGCUCUGGUCCUGGCGGUGGCAUGGGCCGCGGAGCUCAAGCCCACAACGCCACCCAUCUUCACAGGCCGGCCCUUUGUGGUAGCCUGGGAUGUGCCCACACAGGACUGUGCCCCACGCCACAAGGUACCACUCGACCUGAGUGUCUUUGAUGUGGAGGCCUCACCUAAUGAAGGUUUUGUGAACCAGAAUAUCACCAUCUUCUACUACAACCGCCUCAGCCUGUAUCCACGUUUUGAUUCAACCGGGAUGUCCGUGCACGGCGGUGUACCACAGAAUGGCAGCCUCUGGGCACACCUGCAGAUGCUGAAGAAAUCUGUUGAGCACUACAUCCGUACCCAGGAACCCCCAGGGCUAGCAGUCAUUGACUGGGAGGACUGGCGGCCUGUGUGGGUCCGCAACUGGCAGGACAAGGAUGUGUACCGCCAAUCAUCACGCCAGCUGGUAGCCAGCCGCCACCCUGAUUGGCCCGCAGACCGAAUAGUCAAACAAGCACAGUAUGAGUUUGAGUUUGCUGCGCGCCAGUUCAUGCUGGAGACACUACGCUAUGUCAAAGCAGUGCGACCUCGACACCUCUGGGGCUUCUACCUCUUUCCCGAUUGCUAUAAUCAUGAUUAUGCACAGAACUGGGAGACCUACACCGGCCGCUGUCCUGAUGUGGAGGUAGCCCGCAACGACCAGCUGGCCUGGCUGUGGGCUGAGAGUACAGCGCUUUUCCCCUCUGUCUACCUGGAUGAGACACUUGCUUCUUCCGCUCAGGGCCGCAACUUUGUUAGCUUCCGUGUUCAAGAGGCGCUUCGCGUGGCUCACACCCAUCAUGCCAACCACGCGCUCCCAGUCUACGUCUUCACGCAACCCACCUACACCCGCAAGCUCAGUGGGCUUACUGAGAUGGACCUCAUUUCUACCAUUGGUCAGAGUGCAGCCCUGGGUGCAGCCGGUGUCAUCCUGUGGGGUGACUCAGUGUACACUUCAAGUGUGGAGACGUGCCAAUACCUCAAGAAUUACCUGACGCAGAAGCUGGUCCCCUACGUAGUUAACGUAUCCUGGGCCACCCAGUAUUGCAGCUGGACGCAGUGCCACGGCCACGGGCGUUGUGUGCGCCGCAACCCCAAUGCCAACACCUUUCUACACCUCAGCGCCAACAGCUUCCGCCUAGUACCUGGCCAAGCAUCUGAUAAACCCCAUCUGCAACCCGAGGGAGAGCUCAGCCGGGCCGACCUCAGCUACCUGCAGACACACUUUCGCUGCCAGUGCUACUUAGGCUGGGGUGGCGAGCAAUGCCAGUGGGACCGCAGGCAGUCAACAGGAGGUGCUAAUGGGGGUUGGACCGGGUCUUACCUCACCAGCCUGAUGGCUCUGGCAACCAUAGCCCUCACUUGGACCUUGUAAAGAGUCAGCUAGCCUCUGCCAAGGAGCUCGCCUGGGCAAAUAGGAGCCUGAGGGGAUUUAGACAGACAAGACCAUACCCACCAGGGCAUCCGUAUCCAGCUACCCCCCCUCCUGUUCUAAGGGGGAGGGGAAGUCCCCCUUCUUUCCUUGCUAGAGGAUUCAGCUGGGCUGGGGUUGUCUUUAAAUAGUUUAUAAUUAU